AUGGUUCGAGUCCUGCGGGGCGUUCGAGAGACCGAGUCGGGCUUGCUGCAGCACCUUCAAGCCGCCUCGUGAGGUCAUGGCAACGCUGGAAAAUCUAAUUACACAUUCACUGUCGACGACCGGCAGGGUAUGAUCGCCGGCCACUUUUGGCCAGACCAUACCAGACUCGGCCAGCCUCACGUCUCCGUGCCCUUUCGGCGUACUUCACUCCUCCUCCCUCGGCCUCGUCGUAAGCGCAGACGCAGAUUUUCGCCCGUCCAGCCACGAGUUCGCCGAAUUGAGGCGUCAGCUGACGGCCAGCGAGGAGUGAAAGUGAACUACCCCUCGCGAAAGGUAUUCUCACUUCGGCUCGACGUCACGUAUCCGACCCAGCCGCCGCUUCGAGCUCGCCACGACUGGUCGCAGCAUCACACCCAACGCGAAUCGAACUCGGCUCGCGAUGCUGUCCAUGUUACCGCUACUCUUUUCAAUGGUAGCCUAGGCCCCACGAUGCCGUACAAUUUAGCCUCCCAACAACUGGACUGGGUUGCCGUUGGCAACACUUCCACCGUGACACGGUCGCCACCAUAG